AUGAAUAAUGUAAUACCCGAUAUUUUGAACUACAAAAGCAAUAGUUCUUCUAUUGAUAAACAAGAAAAAAUUACUGACUGUUAUGAAAUGGAAAAUGAAAAAAUUUUUGUUUAUCGUUGUAAUAUAUGUCUGUUAGUAUUUACAUGUGUGUAUUCUUUUGCAAAUCAUAUAUCUAAUGAAAAUCAUAGAGUUAAACAAUUAGAUGCAUUAAAAAAAGAUAAAUACUUCAACUGUUUGAGAUGCAAAUAUAUAUGUCUCAGUGUUGUUAAAAUAAUUAAACAUAUAGAAUUAUAUAAUCAUGGUCAUAAUAUUUUGAAAAAAAUUAAAAAAAAAAUUCCAUACACUGGUACUGUUAAUUGUGCUUGUAAAAUAAAGUGUUACUUUUUUUAUUCUCAAAAUAAAAAUUUUCGAAAUGUAGAAAAUAUCCAAUCUACUAAUAAUAAUUUAUUAAAUGUAAAAUCAGAAAUGAAAAAGAAAAACUCCUUUGAAGAAAAGUCUUUUCAAAAUAAGGCUUAUCAAGAUAAAAAUGAAGAAGAUAUCUCAUUGGAAGAAAAUAAUGAUUAUAUGAAAAAUUAUAAUAACCAAAAUCAAUUUAUUCAAAACAAAUUUUUUGAACAACUUAAGGAAUUAAUGAAAGAAAUUUCAACAAAUGAUAAUAUAAAAAUACAAUUUUUAAACUAUUUACAAAAAAAUUCAUUGUAUUCAUAUGAUCACAACAACUGUUUUAAUAACAAUAUCAACAGUAAUAAUAAUAGCGACAGUAAUGCUCACAUUGAAGAACAACAACCACUUAAUCUCAUUUACAACUUAGAUAAUAUAAAAGACUUGAAUACUAUUUUAUCAAAUUUAGAUAAAUAUGAAGAAGAAGAAGAAGAAGAAGAAGAAAAAGAAAAAGAAAUAAAUAAUACAAGAAAUGAUAUAAAAAAAAAUCUAUUAUUAUAUAUAAAUGAAAAUACAUAUAAUUUAAAUAAAAUAAAAAAUUGUCAUUCUAAUUCUAAUAAUAUGCAAGGGGAUAAAAAAAAUAGUUAUUUACAAAAUGAAGAUGAAUUAAGCAUAUAUGAUAAUAAUUUACAUAGAUUGAAUUCAUAUUUUGAGGAAAAUUAUACCCAAUUUAAAAAUGGUGAAUAUAAUCAAUUUAUGAGUGAUGAAUACAAUCAUAAUUAUUUUAAAAACGAAAGAAAAAAUAGCUUAUGUAAUGAAGAAGAAUUAAAAAAAAAUAGAAAAAAAAAAAACCAAACAUAUUUGAACCUAUUAAAUAAUAGUCUAAAUGAACUUAAAAAUUAUUAUGUAUCCAAUAAUUUAAAUAAUUCUAAAGAAAAUUACAAUAAAGGAUAUUUAAAUUAUGAAUCAUUUUUUAAAAAUAAUGAUAAAAGUUUUGAUAUUAUUUCUAAUGAUGAUUUUAUAAAUCCUAUUCAAAAAAAUGAUGAGAAAAAUAAAGAUAAUAUUUUUUUUAACAAUAAGAAAAAUAGCAGUAAAUCUAUUAUAUUAGAGAAUAUAUACAAAGAUAAACAACUCGUAAAUAAUUAUAUAAUUAAUAAUAAUGAUGAGAAUAUAAUUAAAUAUAAACAAGAAAAUAUAUAUGAAAAUGUACAUCAAAAUAUAAAUGAAAAUAUAAAUAAAGAUAUAAUCGAUAAUGUAAGUGAGAAAAUAAAUGAAAAUGAAUGUAAAAACUUAAAUGAAAACAUUAAUAAAUAUAGUAAUAAUACAAAAAGUACAAAUGAUAUAGAAGAUAAAAUAGAUUUCAUAUAUAAUUCAAACUUCCAUAAUAAUAUAGUAAGAAAAUAUUUUUAUGAAAAUUUAAAAUCAGAUUCAAAUGUUAAUCAAAUAAAUGAGUGUGUUGUAGAUAAUGAAAGUUUAAGUAUUAACAAUGAUAACUUUUUAACAAAAUAUAAUUAUUCUUUAAAAGAAACAGAAAAAAAGGAUGAUAAUAUAUUAGAAAAUUUUUAUGAGAAAAUGAGUGUUUUUGACAAUUUAAAACAUCAUGAAAAUAUUCAUAAUAUUCGUGAAAUGGAUUUAUUUCAUAAUACUCAAAAUAUAUACUCAUAUUUUAAUGAUGCACAAUUAAAUACUGGUAAUAUUAAUAAAAACGAAAACAAUAUUAAUAAAAAUGAAAACAACAUUAAUAAAAACGAAAACAAUAUUAAUAAAAACGAAAACAAUAUUAAUAAAAACGAAAACAAUAUUAAUAAAAACGAAAACAAUAUUAACAAAAACGAAAACAAUAUUAAUAAAAACGAAAACAAUAUUAAUAAUGCUUACAAUGCCUACAAUCAUAAAAGAAAUUCUAAUUAUUUAACAAGCAAUUUAAUAGAAUCUAAAAAGGAGAUAAAAGAAAAUUGUGAAAAAAAAAAUUACAUAGAUGAGUAUGAAGAAGAAAUGAAAACAAAAUUACUAAACCAUUACAAUGAUAACAAAACAAAUAACAAAAAAUUUCCACAAAUAAAUAUUUUUAAUAAAUUAGAGAAUUCUAACUUAUUAAAAAGUAAUUUAGAAUUAUUUGAUAAUACUAAUAAAAUAUAUAGUAAAAUAGAUAAUACUAAUUAUAAUUUUAUGAGUUUAAAUAAAUAUAAUAAUUUAAAUAAUGAUAAUAUAUAUAAUAACAUUCAACUUAUAAAUUUGCAACAGGAGAAUAAAAAAAAAAGGGAAGAAUAUGAGUGUAAAAGUAUUGAUAAAAAGGACAAGAAAAAUUUGAAUAUCUUAAAAAAUGAAAUUUUUAAAAUAAAUAAUUUUAAUAAAGUAGAUCCAUAUAUAUCAUUAAAUCAAAAUUAUGAUCCUAUUUUAAACAAAAAUGACAAUUUAUAUAAAAAUAUGGAUCAUAUCGAUGAAAAAAACAAUAAAAAUACUUUAAAUGAAAUCUCUGAUAUAAAACAAAAAAGAAAAUCAUUCAUUCAAGAAAUAGAUGAAUUAAAAAAGAUAAUAGAAGAAGAUAACAAAAAUAAUAGUAAUACAUUCAACCAUACAGCUAUUAAUUUAAAUAGUGAUCAAAAAUUUUUAAAUUCAAAUCAUUUAUUUAAUGAAAAAAACAAUUUAAUGAAUAGUGGUAAUAUAAAAAAAUACCAUACUGAACCUAAUAAUAUAAGUAGUGACAAUUAUAAUUCUUAUAACAUAAAAAUAAUGCGUAAAAGCAACACUGAUUAUUUUCAAAAAUAUGCAUUCAAUUCUUCUAAUGAAAAAUAUAUGGAUUCUUCAAAUGAAGAAUUUAAUAAUUUUAUAUCUAAUUUUAAAAAAGUAAACAAUUAA